UGCCUGAGCUCGCGCCGCUUCCAUCUCCGCCGCUAAUUGAGCCUAGGGAAGGACUCUGAAAAAUGAACGGCCAAACCAGCCAUCAGCAGCCCAAGGAUGGGCGACACGACGACGAUACUGCGCUCACUGAGUUCCUCGCUUCCUUAAUGGACUAUACCCCCACGAUACCUGAUGAAUUGGUGGAGCAUUACUUGGCCAAAAGUGGAUUCCAGUGCCCCGACACCCGAUUGACAAGGUUGGUAGCAGUUGCAACACAGAAGUUCAUUGCAGAUGUGGCAACUGAUGCACUUCAACAGUGUAAGGCAAGGCCAGCUGUAAUCAAGGACAAAAGAGAUAAACAGCAAAAGGAGAAGCGUUUGAUCUUGACAAUGGAGGAUCUUUCCAAGGCUCUACGAGAGUAUGGUGUGAAUGUCAAACACCAAGAAUACUUUGCUGACACUCCAACGGCUGGUUUAGAUCCUGCUACGAGAGACGAGUGACUACUUGCCCAAACCACUGGAUGCAAUUGGAUAUGUAUACCAAGUGUGUUUGAGGAUUUGUGCAGUUGGUGUAGCUAUCUCCAUCUCUAUCUUUUCCAUUCUAAUCAAAUUACUGUCAGUGUCAAUGUUGUGCAAUUGAACUCUGCGUAAUUUAGUUGAAUACAAUGAAACGUGUGCAGUACAUAUUUUUGUUUA